AUGGCCGCCAAAUCACGCGAUACGUGGUACUACCCUCCUGAGAUCGCUCAUGAUCUUGACGGGGAGACUCGUCUCACUGAAGCGCAAAAGGUGGAAAUCAUCGGGGCCGCAUAUGAAUAUACCCGCUGCGUUAUCCCUCACUACACCAACUACAAGCGAUAUGUGGGCUUUGCCCGUUGCAUGAUCAUAGGCAUCAUCGCCGAGUUUAGGGGCGACAUCAUGGACGAGAAUGGCGGAGACAGCAUCGUCGGCUACUCGCUUGAUGGCGUCCUGGCUCAACUCUUCGAAGGCACCAAAGGCCAUGCCCUCAUGGCGAGGGAGUAUAAGUCGUUCCUGAUUCCUGCCGCGGACAAGUCCAGCGGCCGGAAACAUGGCGAGUUAUUCCGACGCUAUGUCAACGCCCUGGCCUCAUCACCUCGAACCUGGUUCCGCAUCCGCGACUGCGAUGCCCUGUCGCGCUUCACCAUCUUCUCAGCCCUGGCCUGUAAUGACAUCGAAGAUGUCCCGACCGACGAUGAGUGUGAGCUGCUCAGCGAGAUCGGCAUCUACCUGUACGACGCCGUGGCCUUCUUCAAGCACCGGUCCGAGGGUGAGACCAACAACACCUUCGCCUACGUUCCGUGGGACAUGCGCAUCGAGAGCUUUCGCAUCGCUCGCGAGAUGCUCUGGGCUUUGGACGCAUAUUAUGUCCGUAAUCCCAUGGGCCCUAUCAUGAUCAACUUCGUCCGCAUCGUCGGUGGGCCGGUGCACAUGAUGAUGCGCCGAUACCGCUUCGUCGAGGAGGAUUGUACCAUCGGUAGAGUUGAGGGCGACGACAUCAUCGAGCUGGCCCGCCAGAAGGUCAAGCUCUGGAAUCGUGUCGACGUGGCACCUAAGCCGGACGGAAAUGGCAACACCAAUUCCGUCGAGGCGCAGGGGGUUCAACGCUACGAGGACUUGAUGGCGCGUCGUGAGGAGUGGAUGUUUCCAGGACUCCCAGAAGCCUUUGAGGCCGGUGAGAAAUGUGAAGAUUGUGCCUAUCGCGCUUCUUACGGCGCUGAGGUGCGGCACAAGUUUGGUGGCGUUCAGUUGUGCCAGGCAUGCCGUGACAAGUUCCGCUCCUAUGUUGAAAGGCUGCCCGAGAGGGUCAAAACAGUCUACCCUGAGAUCUUUCUGAAGACACCAGUGCAGGAGACAAACGGGAAACGACAUGCUAACGGGGACCUCAAGUCUGAUUGA